AUGGAAAAUCAAUGAAAUAAAGAUACAAGAUCUCCUAUAGUUAAUAGGGAGUAUACUAUAACCCAACAGAGAAGAAGAUGAUCAGAUUUAGAUAAGAAUCAAAUCUCUGAAGGAAAGGAUGCAAAAAACCACAAUAUUUGCAAAAUGACAAACUCAGAAAAAGAAAAAUAUAGAACAGAGAAAACAAAGAGCAGCCAUGAUAGUCUGCUUACAAGAGAAGAAUCUAAGAGUUUUCAGAAGGAAUACAUGGAAUCAGAAGAUAAAGAAAUGCUGAGGGUCGGGGAUCUAGAUGCGCAUAUUGUAUCUGAAAAGAUGUUAGAAGAUGUACAUGAAAUAAGACCUAAAAUACAAAAUAGGUCAGAAACAGAAUUGAAUAACAAGAAGUAUAUGGUAUCUCCAAACGAUUAUACAGAUAACCCAACUGGCUGAAAUCAGCUAAAGAUGACUCAAAGCAAUGUGAAAACCUCUCAAAAGAAUCUUAAACAAAAGAACUCGAAGUUUUCCAAUGAUGAAGUAACACAUCAAAAGGAGAAAAAAACUGAUAUUAAAAACUCUCCAAAUAUUGUGAAUAAAAUUAAAUCGGGAAUCAAGGAUAUUUUUGGACAAGUGGCAAAUCAUCAGAAUUUGGAAAAUGAACAUAAAAGACAGGAAAGUGUCCAUGGAAUAGAAGUUGAGAACUAUAUCUGACGCCUAAUAAAUAAUUCAGUUAUGAUGCAGGAGGAUAGUUAUGAGGAUAUGCUAAUUGAUUUCCUUGAAACACAAAAUAUGAAGGAGCUUACAAAGAAGUAUCUCAACAAUAGACAAAAAAUUUCCAAUUUGCUGGUUAUAAAAUCAGAAAUAUUUAUCACAAGAGGAAAAAGAAUGCUCAUGCAUAAAGUAAAAGAAAUCUCAAAAGAAUGUAUUGAAUGGUACUUAGAUAGGCUAAGCCAUUUGGAUCAAUUUAAGCAAUCAAAAGUAAUUGAAGAAAUCCUCAAACUAACAGAAGAAAAGCAGAGCUCAAAUUUAAAAGCAAAGCUGCUAGGACUUUUCUGAGAUAAUAAGAUGUUGAAUACUUCUAGAAACUCAAGAGAACUGGUGAGGUUUUGUAUCUAUGCAUCGUGAAACCAGUUUAUGAAUGAACUUAAAAGCAUAAAACCCCAGAUACAUAUUAUACAGAAAGAGGUGGAAAGAGAAAAUAGAAGGAUUAUAGACCAACAAAGAUCUAUGGAAGAAGAGAUGAUGAUAAGAGAAAGAGAGCGCUGAUUAGAAAUGCAGGAAGAGGAAGAUUUAUAUGAGUUUAUUGACAAACUUCAAAAUGGCGGAGAAGCCCAACUGCAGCUACUCAUUGAAUAUCUUGUUAAGAUUGGUUGAAGCUUUGCAGAUAUUAAAAAGAAGUUAAUGAAAAUAAUCGAUAUUGAUGAGAGUGUAUUGUCUAGUCAUUAUAUUAUGUCAUCUGUAGAAACUAUAAAAAGUCAUAAAUGGAAUCAAGAUAUAGUUCCUUAUGUUGUAAUUGGAAAUGUAGGAUGUGGCAAAAGCUCUCUGGUUCAUUAUCUAAAUAAAAACUUGGUAGCUGAAAGGGUUACUUGAUAUGAGCAAUGGAAUCUCGAUGUAAAAAGUAAAGAUGCAGGCCCUAUUAUUUCUCAUAGUUUGAGUAAAGCUGGGACAAUCAUUCCAAGAAAAUACGAUUUGCAUUUUACUAAUUCACAAUCAAUUAUUUAUGAUACACCAGGCUUUAAUAUUCCUGAUUCUUAUGAACAAGAAAUAGCUAGCUGAUUAUCAUUGCAACAAUUAUUAAUCAGCAAUGAGAAAUGUAAAAUUAUUCCUUGCUUUUCUAUUUAUGAACUGCAAGGAAGAGGGUUCUUGUUUCAUAAGUUUUUAGACCAUUUGAGCGAUAUAUUAAAACUCCCUCAAGUUAAUGACGAAGCCCCUUAUUAUUCAAAAUAAAGAAUAUUAUUGGCCAUCUGUUUACGUAGUUACUAAAACCGAUGUUACUCUUAAAAAUAGAGUUAUUGUAAUGCUCAGAAGAUUUAUUCAAGAUGCUCCUCAGCAUACCAUUCUUAUCGAAGAUAUAUGAGAUAAAUUAGUUGUUUUCCCUCAACCUGUCAAUGGAAAAUUCGUUGGAGAUUUGCCUCAUUUGAUACCAUUGCUGCAAAAAGAAUCGCCAGUUCCAACAAAUAUAGAAUUGCCUAUUUCUGAUGGAGCUAGAAAUAAAAUGAGAAAACUCUUAGAUGUUUGGGAUACCGUUUUAAAGAAGCAGAUGGACAAGCUAUUUAUUGGUAUUAUUGAACCUCUUAUUUAUCAGAAUUCGUUGGACUAUGAUAUCGAAUUUUUGAAAAAAUUCGAAACAAUAAGCAAAAUAGAAGACAUUCCAGAGUUUCUAUUCGAAAUAGGAUCUCCAUUAGAAAAUGAUACUGAAGCAGAUAAAUCGAAGAAAGAUGUUUAUGUUAUUAUUGCAGCAACUCUCAGUUCUAUUAUUCCAUACAGAAAAAAUUUGAUCGAGCUUUCAGGCAAGAGAGAAAGUGGUAUAUUUGAGGCAUAUUUAGAAAAUCAAAUAAAGCACUAUAUUAAAGAGGCAAAAUACAUACUGUACCUUGAUUUUCUGAUAAAUCUGAAAAUACUGAAUCUAGGUGUCAAUUCUUCUCUAAGAUCAAAAUAUGCAAUAGUUAAAGGAAACGAAACUAAUUUGAAAAAUUUACUAAAAUCUAAAGUUUAUAAUGAAGAGUAUUUAAUGAAAUUUCUUCAAAAUGAAAUGAAUCUAAGCUACUUGAUUAAUCAAAUUAAAGAAAGAAAGCAAAAGCUAAUUGACUUUGGAUAUGACCAAUCUGAACAUUAUGAUGACAUUAUUCGUGAAAUUGGUCAAACUCUUAUUGAAAGGCAAAUGAUGACCAAAGAUUCCCUCGAAAAAGAUCAUGAAAUUAAAUACCUAAGAGAGACUGUUAAUAAACAGCACCAACAACUAUUAGAACAGCAGCAGAUAAUCGAACAGCAACACGAAGAACUUAUACAAAAGGAGAAUAUUAUAAACGAAUUGGAAGAAGAAAUAGAGCAGAAGAACAAAUUGAUAGACCACUACAAAGCUAAGGUCGAAGAAUAUAAAAGAAAACUAAGGCCUUCAGGAAUAGGAGGGUUCUUUGGUAAAUUAAUAUCCUGCUGUGUUGGAUUCGUUGCAGGAACAUUUUCUGGAUUUGUUUCUGAAAUUAAGAAUCCAGAAAACUAUAAGAAAGGAUAUAAGAUGGGCAAGAAAGUUGGAUCAGUUAUUACUAAGACAGCUGUUCAAUCUGUAGCUGCUGGAGUUGGAGCUUUAAAAGGAUUGUGUGAUGGAGUAUCUAAAGCUGAAGUUAAGAAAGCAUGGAAUUCUGGUAGGGAUAUUGGAGAGACUAUUAGUAAAAAUGCGGUAGAAGGAGUAGUGAAAGCUGGAGGCAUGGUCGCUGGAGUAGCCACAGGCGGUUUUAAAGCUAAUUUUAAAUAAAGCAGCAAUAGAAGGAUUUCAAGAUGGACAAGAAAUAGGAAAAGCAGCAGUAGAAACUGUAAUUUCAACAGCAACUAAAUCUGUCGGAAUUUUUGCAGGCAUAUGACAAGCAGAUAUCAAGAAGAGCGUGAAGGAAGGUUUUGAUUCUGGAGUCGAACUUGGAAAAGGAGCUGCUGAAUUUGUAGCAACUAAUGUUGGAAGAGUAGCUGGUGUAGCUACAGGUCUUACUAAAGCAGAAUAUUCCAAAUAAAUUCAACACUGGAUUAAAUCAGGGAGAAAAAUUUGGAAAAAUUAUUGGAGAAAGCUCAGCAUAUAUGGUUGGAGGUGUUGCUGGAGUUGGGAAAGGACUUUGAACUGCUAAUUAUUCAGGUAGUUUUAGAAAAGGUAUGCAUGAUGGAACAGAAGUCGGGAAGGCAGUUGGAGAAGGUGCAGCCUACAUAGCAGGAGGUACAGUCGGAAUAGGCACUGGACUAGCAACCGCAGACUAUGCAAAAGCAGCUCAGGAAGGAUACCAAGACGGGGUGAAGAACGGAGGGCAGAUUGGAGAUGCGAUUGGGAGAACAGCAGGCAAUGUAGUUGGAUUUUGAGAAGGAGGAUUUAAAGGUGUUAAGGAAGGAUAUGACAAGGGACAUAAGGAAGGAUAUCAGAAAGGACGUGAGGUUGGAGGGAAAGUUGGGUACUUCUUUGGAGAUACAUUUGGAAAAGUUCAUGGGUUUAUUGGUGGAAUGGGAGAAGAAUUAGGGCAUGGAUAUGAAAAUGGGAGAGUUAUUGGCAAGCCAGCAGGAAAGCAAUUUAUAAAAUAAUAAUCCAUGGAUGAAGGCAGUAGGAACAGAAAUUGGAGUUGUGGUGGGAGGCUGAGAAGGUUUUUGGGAGGGAGGAAAAGAAUUAAUACAAGAAGGACGUCAGAAAGGAUUGAGCAAAGGGAAAAAUUAUAUUAAAAAUAGCAAGGUUGCAAAAUUUGCUAACAAUUGUACUGAAAAAAUUUAUGAAGUAAAUGGUCAAAUUAAUGAAGUACAAAAUUCUGUCAAGAAGCAAAUGAGUACUUUAAACCAAGUUGGAACAAAUCUUACAAAUGCUAUCAAAUUUUAAAGUAAUUUAUUUAAGAAAUA